AUGGACGAAAUUGAAAAAGAGAAAAUAGCAGCAUUGCCAUCACAAUUACUCGUAACGACAAUAUGUCACCCCAUGGAAUAUGCAAAAGUACUGAUACAACUUGGAUACGAACCCCUACCGCCGCGCCGGUCUACGACAUUGUUCGGUCGCCCUGCCAUGAUAUUACCUAACGUUUUCCAAUACAUCAAGUUUAUUAAAACAUCAGAUGGAUUCUUCGGCUGCUACAGAGGGUUGUCAGCUAGAGUGCUCGGACUGGUUGCCUCCAGUCAACUUACAUCAAAGGUAAUCUACGCAUUGGGCAUCGAUCUGCCUGAAAUCAGCGACCCACCCAAUAUUGUGACUGACGAAGAACCUAAAAUUGAAGAUUAUAUCAAGCUUGGCCGUCGAGACAUGAUCAUGCACACUGCGUCAGUCAUUGUUUCCUACCCAUUUCAUGUUGUAUCUGUAAGGAUGAUGGCCUCAUUUAUUGGCAAAGAGGAAGAUUAUUGCUCAUUGAUAGGUGCUAUUGCAGCUAUCUACAGAGAUGAUGGUAUACGUGGUUUCUUCCAUGGAAUAGUACCCAAGCUACUUGGAGAUUUAACUUGUGUAGCUGUAACAGGGGUGCUGGCAUAUUAUGUGAAUAAAUAUUUGGUCAAAACUAAAGAUCUUCGAUACUAUACUGUGCCAUUGCUCACGUUUGUGACCAGCACCUUAACUUAUCCUUUGGUUGUUGUGUCAACCUGCAUGGCAGUCGCCGGAUCCAGUUUGAGCGCAGGCAAUCCUCCUGCCAUGCCUAAGUACCCAUCUUGGCAAGCUUGCUGGAGGGACCUGCUUAGAAAUAAGCAGCACAAGCGAGGUUCCUCUCUUAUCUUUAGGUACUACAUUGCUCCAAUUGUAGCUCUGCAGUAG